AUUAAAUUUAUGGUCAUUUAAUUCUGAUAAUAUCGCUUUUAUCUGAUACAUUAAGCCGGAUUAAGUAAAUUAAACAUUUUUAGUAACUAAGCCAUUGACAAAAACUGAUAUUUUUAUUUGUGAACGUGGUUACUAUGUCGGAGGAUAAGCCGGAAGCGGAAGAGAUCUCCAGAUCAACCUGGAGCAGCCCGUUAGAGUUCGUCUUCUCUUGCCUAAACUAUGCCAUAGGCCUUGGAAACAUAUGGAGGUUUCCAUAUUUAUGUUACAUGAACGGGGGCGGGGCCUUCCUUUUGGCAUAUUUCAUUAUGCUCGCCCUUAUGGGAACUCCCAUUUUUUUCCUGGAACUCAUUAUAGGACAAUACUCUGGAUUGGGGCCUGAUAUGGUGUUCAAGCACAUCGCUCCGAUUUUUUCUGGAUUAGGUUACUGCUGCCUUUGUGUUAUUUUCUUUAUAACCGUGUACUACAUGGUGAUCGUUUCAUGGACGAUUUUUUACUUUUUUGCCUCAUUUACUACUAACUUGGGAUACGGAAGCUGCGAUCAUCAUUUUAAUAGUCCUGGUUGCUAUAGUGCUUCGGCUGAAAAUCUUUGCUCUUUAAACGAAACUUAUUAUCAGCAAGGCUGUAUGCUAACAGAAACACUUUGUAUUAACAACAACUUCGAUGGGGCUAGAAACAGGACUUUUUGCUUUAAUGAAACCGGAGAUUACUCAAUAAAUUCUGUAAUUACUCGCACUCUGGCCACUUCAGAGUACUACAGGGAGCACGUGCUGGGAGUGAAUGACGCAACAUGGGAGAACUUCGGCGGAAUGAGAUGGGAAAUAUUGGGCUGUUUAUUAUUUUCAUGGGUAAUUUGCUACCUGGCCGUAUUAAAAGGAGUUCAAACGUCCGGGAAGGUCGUAUACUUUACCGUCCUUUUUCCUUACUUCAUCCUGACUGCGCUAGUGAUUCAGGGGGCCAUUUUACCCGGUGCCAUAAACGGAAUUUUAUUAUACGUCAGCCCGGAUUGGGAGAAAUUAUUAGAUGUAGACGUAUGGGCUUCAGCCGCCUCACAAACCUUUUAUUCUUUGGGAAUCGCAUGUGGAUCCCUUAUAACCUUAUCCUCCUACAACAACUUCAACAAUAACUGCCUAAAAGACGCCCUAAUCGUAAGCACCACGAACGCAUUUACAGGGGUAUACGCUGGUUUUGCCAUUUUCUCCAUGUUAGGAUACUUAGCCAACGAAAUGGACGUUCCAGUAGCUGAGGUAGCCAGAGACGGACCUGGACUGGCCUUCGUAGCUUAUCCAGAAGCCAUUUUACUUUUACCAGGUUCAACCGCAUGGUCCCUAAUGUUUUUCUUUAUGCUAUUCAUACUAGGAUUAGGAACUCAGUUUGCUGGAGUUGAGGCUAUUAGCUGCUGCAUUCUAGACAAAUGGAAGGAUAUGCGAAAAUAUAAAUCGUACCUGAAUCUGGCCAUAUGCGUGAUAUGCUUCUUAUUGGCCAUUCCAAUGUGCUUCUCUGGUGGAAUUUAUCUGUUUACUUUAAUGGAAUGGAAUACGGCGUCUUGGGCCAUUAUGUUAAUCGGUUUUGCCGAAGUCGUGGCUGUAUCGUGGUGCUACGGCUGUUGGAAGUUUAUCGACCAUCUGGGAGACAUGGAAAUGGGCAUGCGGAAGUUCUGGAGAGGGUUUUGGUGGUUUAGUUGGGUGGUCAUCACGCCCCUAAGCUUAUUGGGAAUAUUCGUGUUUCAAAUGAUCCACUACAGCCCGGCUGCAUAUGGAGAUUAUGUUUUCCCAGCAUGGGCCGAUGCACUUGGUUUGCUUAUCGGUCUUUCCACAUUAAUGCCUCUCCUGGUUCUCGCCGUCUACGUACUCUGGAAGCGGGAAUACGUUGGAUGGGAACUGUUUCAACAUACGAAGACGUGGAGGGCCCAGUCUUCAGUGAGCGACAGUGCGGAAUCAAUUAUAAAAAAUACUUAAUUAUUUAAUAAAA